GCAGUGCGUUCUUCUUGGCGCCUACAGUGCAAAUGUCACGGAGUUUCUGGAUCUUGCGAGGCAAAAACUUGUUGGCGAUCCCUACCGCCUUUGAUAGAAGUGGCUCAGAAGUUGAAACUCAGGCACAGAGAUGCCGAAGAGGUACAUUCAGUACCCGUGGGCAGGCGAACGAAGCUUCUUCCACGAGCAGCUCGUUUCAAUAAAGACGAUCUUGUCUACACUGUCAAAUCGCCGGAUUAUUGUGUCCAUGACCCAGAGGCUGGUUCAGAGGGUACAAAAGGAAGGGCAUGUAAUGCCACUGGUACAGAUUCAUAUGGUUGUGAAGCUAUGUGUUGUUCAAGAGGUUACCUCACCACAUGGAUUGAAAUUGAAGAAAGAUGUAACUGUAAAUUCCAGAGGUGUUGUUAUGUAACAUGUGAUACAUGCAUACGUAGGACAAACUUGCAUCUCUGUGUGUGAAAACCUGUAUAUACGUACUUACUGACUGAAAUGUGAAUAUUGAAAGAAAUGAAAGAUGCAGAAGCUUACAAAGUAUAAACAAGAACUGAUGCAAGAUAAAGCAAUGACUACAAGUAAGGCAAUUUCAAGUAUGUGAAAAGUUUAAGGUAAAUUUUAAGAAGUAGAAGUCCAGUGGUCGUAUAAAGUGGAAAAUAUGUUGCAUUACUCAAAGAGCUUUAUCUUGAGGUUUGUAUGUCGUUAACUAGAAUACAAGCUGUGAUAAGGAUGCAAAAAGAGCAAAUCCUUUAAAACUAUGAACUUCAUCUGGUAUUUUUCCGUUUCGCCGGCGCAAAUCUCGCCAAGCGGACGUUAUUGGCGACAACAUACAGUAUACACAUAAAAAUAAAAAAGUUAGU